GAGAGCGCGCAGGUGGCAGAACUCACCUCCAGGCCCCAUAUUUCCGGGCCUUUUAGCCCAGCGACUCGGACCCCCAAAAUUUCCCAGUUCCCAGCAGUCAACCCGACCCAUCCACCAAAUUAUCACCACGUACCUGUAGUCCCGACUCUAACCAAGAUACCCUCAUUUCCGCCCGGCGCGACCCAGUCCCCUCUCUUGCAGUAUCCGUAUACUUCUAAUCCCUAUUUGUCUUGCGCGAAUCACUCUAUCGCCGCCCUCCGCCUUGCCCAUCACAUCCGCCAUGCUCUCAAGCCGUUUAAUACCGCGGACCGCCAUCCGAUCAUCAUUCCGCUCCCAGAGCUCCCUCCCCACAGUCGUCUCCCCCGUGUCGCGCUGGAGAAGAGGCUAUGCCAGCCAGGCAGAGGAGAAGGACCUAGUCAUCAUUGGCGGUGGUGUCGCUGGAUAUGUUGCCGCUAUCAAGGCAGGACAGGAGGGUCUUAAGGUUGCCUGUAUCGAGAAGCGCGGAGCCCUCGGUGGUACCUGUCUCAACGUCGGAUGUAUCCCUUCAAAAUCGCUCCUCAACAACUCCCACCUGUACCACCAGAUUCUCCAUGAUACCAAGAACCGUGGUAUCGAGGUCGGCGAUGUCAAGCUCAACCUUGAGGCUAUGAUGAAGGCCAAGGAGACGUCCGUCACGGGAUUGACCAAGGGAAUCGAGUUUCUUUUCAAGAAGAACGGUGUAGAAUAUAUCAAAGGUACUGGAUCGUUCGUCAACGAACAUGAAAUCAAGGUUGCCCUAAACGAGGGUGGCGAGACCAGUGUCAAGGGCAAGAAUAUUCUCAUUGCUACCGGUAGUGAGGCCACCCCAUUCCCUGGCCUCGAGAUUGACGAGAAGCGUGUGAUUACAAGCACUGGCGCUCUUUCCCUUGAGAAGGUACCUGAGAAAAUGAUUGUUAUUGGUGGUGGUAUCAUUGGUCUGGAAAUGGGUUCCGUGUGGUCAAGGUUGGGUGCUCAGGUUACCGUCGUCGAAUUCCUAAACCAGAUUGGUGGCCCCGGCAUGGAUGCCGAAAUCUCUAAGCAAGCUCAAAAACUGCUUAAAAAGCAGGGUGUUGAGUUUAAGCUUGGCACCAAGGUUGUUAGCGGCGACCAGAGCGGCGAGACCGUCAAACUCGAGGUCGACUCUGCCAAAGGAGGCAAGCCUGAAACACUUGAUGCCGACGUCGUCCUCGUCGCUAUUGGCCGCCGCCCUUACACGUCCGGCCUUGCCCUCGAAAAUGCCGGACUCGAGGUUGACGAACGUGGCCGCGUUGUUAUUGACUCCGAGUACCGCACCAAGGCCUCUCACAUCCGCUGCAUUGGCGAUGUCACUUUCGGACCUAUGCUGGCUCACAAGGCUGAAGAGGAGGCUGUGGCCGCUGUUGAGUACAUCAAGAAGGGCUACGGACAUGUCAACUACGGUGUGAUCCCUUCAGUCAUGUACACACACCCUGAGGUUGCCUGGGUCGGCCAGAACGAGCAGGAGCUCAAGGAGAAGAACAUUCCCUACAAGGUUGGCACUUUCCCCUUUAGUGCCAACUCGCGUGCCAAGACCAACCUUGACACGGAUGGCAUGGUCAAGAUGCUGGCCGAUCCCGAAACCGAUAGACUAUUGGGGUGCCACAUUAUCGGGCCCAAUGCAGGUGAGAUGAUUGCGGAGGCUACCCUGGCUCUCGAGUAUGGAGCCUCGACCGAGGAUAUCGCCCGCACGUGCCACGCACACCCGACACUAGCUGAGGCCUUCAAGGAGGCGGCCAUGGCGACAUACUCGAAGGCGAUUCACUUCUAAAUCGUCCUGUAGACAUAAUAGAGACGGUGACGGGGGUUAGCGGCAGCGCAAGAGGCUAGGACUAGCAACGGUGUCAAGGUGUACAUUAUUACAGCAUGAGAUCAAAAAGAAUGACUCUUAAGGCCACUCUAGCAUGCUUAUACAAGACUGUCCCGCAGGAGCAUCUCCCGACCGACCUACCAUUAUGCGGUUUUGCAUACGGUCAGCCCUUUAGGGGCAUGGCCGUUGAACAAGCCUAGAAAAUGGGGCGUUAGGUUAGGAUACUAGUCUACCACGUGGUUUUGCGAUGUAAGCUGGGGCUCCGGCUCGGUGUUGUUGUUUAGUGUGUAGGGGUUGACGUACGUAUGUAUUUUGAAGAUGAAUAAUAAAUAACCUGAUAAGCUGUAGGUUGGGUAUACUAGUUGUUUAUAUUUAGAUCUGAGCAUUAUUACAGGCAUAGAACUUACGA